AUGUUGGAAUUCUAUCCUCCGGCGCCUGGUUCUUUCAAUCGUCAAGGUGAACCUGGCCAGUCUUUGCCGACGGUUCCACCUAUCCCCUUCCGGCCUACAUCCGAUAAUAAUAACGCAGAGCCGUCCGUUUCCGUGAAGACGGAAUCCGGUCUUCUGGAGACGAUCUGCGCCGGCUGCGGCCGCACCAUCGCCGACAAGUACGUGAUGAGGGUGGCCGAGAGGAAUUACCACGAGGAGUGCCUCUCGUGCACGGCAUGCGGCGCGAUGCUGUCACACUCGUGCUUCAUACGCGACCUCAAGCUCUACUGCCGUUCCGACUACGAGAGGAUCUUCGGGGUGAAGUGCGCGCGUUGCAUGGAGAAGAUCAGCUGCUCGGAUCUGGUGAUGCGGCCGGUGUCCGGCCUGGUGUUCCACGUGGAGUGCUUCGCGUGUUGCAUGUGCGGCCAGCCGUUGCCGAGGGGCGCCCACUAUAUCCUCAGGCAGGGCCAGCCGAUCUGCAGACGGGACUUUGAGCACGAAUUGUUUUUAAAUAGCCCGCAAGAUGACGACUUGUUGGAUGAGAAUCGACCACGGGACGGUCGUCGGGGUCCAAAACGGCCGCGGACGAUACUCACGUCGGCACAACGACGUCAAUUCAAAGCGUCUUUCGAGGUGUCCCCGAAACCCUGCAGAAAGGUGCGGGAGGCCCUCGCCAAGGAUACCGGUCUCAGCGUGCGCGUGGUCCAAGUGUGGUUCCAGAAUCAGCGAGCAAAGAUGAAGAAGCUUCAGAGAAAGGCCAAAACUGAGCCAGGAUCCGACAAAGAACCGAAAGAGGAGCGAAGGACGGAAAGUCCGCACAGCGAUCACAGUCAUUACUUGAACGCCCUGAACAUGCGCGAUGGGGAAUCUUCUAGCUUCCCCUCAGCCACCCAACCGCUCAACCCCAAUAACCCGUACUCGCCCGACGACGCGUAUCCAGGGCACUCGGGGGAGAGCUUCUGCAGCAGCGAUUUGUCCCUGGAUGGGACAGACGGCGGCUUCGACAUCGGCGAGAACGACGGCGGCGGCGCGGACGGCAGUCAUCAGGGCGCCUCGCAUUCCCAUCACGGCUCAUCAUCGCACGACACCCCGUCGCUGUCGCAGAGCUUGCACGCGGCCAUUCACAAUCCCAUCGACAAACUGUUCAUGAUGCAGAGUAGUUACUUCAGUGGUGAUCACGCGUAAUCCAAAUUUUCCUUUCCUCAAUCUCGCGUCGUUUAUUUCGCCCUCCUCCUUUCGGCCCCAUCCUUUUCUGUAUCCUUUCCUCGCGUGUCCUGUCAAUCGGCUUUGUUGCGUCAACGAAGAAGUCGACAUUGCAUUUUGUUCCUGCCUCGAGAUGAUCGCAGCGAGAUAAAGAUAAAUAUUUUUCGUUCUCUAUGCGACUUGUUAUUAAUCCAUUUCCGGUCAUCAUGUAUAAUUUAUUUUUCUACGCGAUAUGCAAAAUAUUUUGUAAAUUUCUUUAAAAACCUCGUGAUGUGUGU